AUGAAUGGUAUUAAUCGACCGUACCAACUUGCAAUGUACGACCCCCAGCACCAAUUAUUCUUCAGCUACAAUGUCGGUGAAGACACAAAGGACACGUUCGGAAUCGCCUACGUCAAAGAACAUGAUACAAUGCCAACCGAAGUGCAUGGCAUAAAAAAUGGAUUCGCCUUGGCCGUCAACAGACAUGAUAAAAAAAUAUACUUUGGCGGAAAUGACGGAGUCUAUCAAGCUGAUUUAACGAAAUUCGAAGGAGUAAAAUACAUUAUUGAAAAUAAAGAUAUAUGGGAUAUUUUCUAUCAUGAAAAUAAGUUGUAUUUUAUAGAAUAUCCUUCUCUACAUCUUCAUGUAUAUGACAUCGAAAAGAAGAACUUCACUAAUCACGAACAUAUUAAGGAGAAAAUAUAUCAGUUUGUGAUAGAUGGAGAACGCGAUACAUUUAUAACCACCAAAGAGGGUUUGUUCGAAAUAAAAAGUAAUAGUAAUAAAACCAUUCCUUAUAGUGGUCCUAAAGUAUUCAGAGCAAUUGAAGUAAACCAUAAGGGCGUUGCGUAUUUCUGCGCUAAAAAUGGAAUUUAUAUUGCGGACAAAAGUAAUCAUGUAUUGAUUGAAAUCGCUAGUAUUAAAAAUAUUUUCGGAUUGACUUUCGAUGCCGAAGACAAUAUAAUAUAUUCAAAUCCUCAUGAAAUUGUUAAAUUGUUGCGUCAUGAUUGUAAGUAA